AUGCUGGUGCGCGGCGACCGGGGCGAGUGGGCGCUGGAGCUCGUCAGCGCGCCCGCGUCGCCGCAGGGCGGGCGGCAUUUCGUCGACAUCCUCGGCCGGCUGAGGGCCAGGGAGUGGUCUGGCAGGUGGGUCCAAGCCGUCCUGGAGCCCUCGCUCGGCAGCCUCAUCCGCGCCAACAUCCCGGGCGCCCCGGCGCGGCAGAAGGUCGCCUUCGCAAUGGAGAAGGGCGAGGUGUUCGGUCUCCCGGAGACCGGGUCGCUGGGGCAGGUGUUCGCCGGCCUCGGCUGGGACGUUGCGUCCGGCGACGAGGUCGAGGUCGACCUCGACGUGUCCGCGAUCUGCUUCUCCAAGGAGCACCGGGAGCUCGGCGCUGUCUUUUUCGGCAACGACGAAGAUUUCGGGCUCAAGCACUCGGGGGAUAAUCUCACUGGCGAGGGCGACGGGGACGACGAGGUCAUUUCCGCGGAUUUGGCAAAGAUCCCGCCGAAUGUUGAGCAGAUUGUAUUCGUCGUCAACAUCUACACCAAUGGCGUGACCUUCGGGCAGGUCUCUAACGCGUACUGCAGGAUUUUCGACAGCUCGGGUGCCGAGCUGGCCAGGAGCGAGCGCGGCCUCAUCAUCUCGCGCCUGUUCCGGGAGCCGGGCGACAGGUGGGGCUUCCAGGCGCUGGGGCAGUUCUGCCGCGGCAAGACGUGGAAGGACGCGGUGCCAGAGGUGCUGGCGCUCGCCAAGAAGCCCGCGACGGCAUUCCAGGUUCGCAGCGAGUCCACGAUGAGCCUGGACAGCAUUCCAACGGGCACCGCCGCCUCGUAUCUGGGCCGGCUGAAGCCGCAGAGGAAUCCCGGUUAG